GGGCGGAAGUGACGCGUGACUCGCGCGCUGCUGCUCGCAGUCCCCGGUGGAGGCGGCGAGGGUGUUUUUUUUAAACUCAAAUGGGUGAUGAAAAGGAUUCUUGGAAAGUGAAGACUUUAGAUGAGAUUCUCCAGGAGAAGAAGCGAAGGAAGGAGCAAGAGGAGAAGGCAGAGAUCAAACGUAUGAAAAAUUCAGAUGACAGGGAUUCCAAGAGGGAUUCUCUUGAAGAGGGGGAGCUGAGAGACCAUCGCAUGGAAAUCACCAUCAGGAACUCGCCGUACAGGAGGGAAGACUCCAUGGAAGACAGGGGAGAAGAAGAUGAUUCCUUGGCUAUCAAACCACCCCAGCAAAUGUCCCGGAAAGAAAAAACCCAUCACAGGAAAGAUGAGAAGAGGAAAGAGAAACGCAGGCACAGGAGUCACUCUGCAGAAGGGAAGCAUGCCAGAGUGAAAGAGAAAGAACGGGAGCAUGAGCGUAGGAAGAGACAUAGAGAAGAGCAGGAUAAAGCCCGGCGUGAAUGGGAGAGACAGAAACGGAGAGAGAUGGCAAGGGAGCAUUCCAGGAGGGAGAGAGAUCGUCUGGAGCAACUGGAGAGAGAAAGGGAAAGAAAAAUCCGGGAGCAGCAGAAGGAACAGAGGGAGCAAAAGGAGCGAGAGAGGAGAGCUGAGGAGAGGAGGAAGGAGAGGGAAGCCAGGAGAGAAGUUUCUGCACACCAUAGAACAGUGAGGGAAGAAUAUGGAGACAAAGUAAAAAUGAGACCCUGGAGUCGCAGCCCUUUGCGCCAGCAGAGAGACAAGCUUGAGCAAGGAGAGAGCAGGAAACCAGUAAAAGAAGAGAAACCAGAAGAGAGGGAUCCUCUGUCAGACUUGCAAGACAUCAGUGACAGUGAGAGAAAAACCAGCUCAGCAGAGUCUUCCUCAGAAUCUGGAUCAGGCUCAGAAGAGGAAGAGGAAGAGUCCAGCAGUGAAGGCUCUGAGGAAGAGGGAGAGGAAGAGGAGGAGGAGGAGGAGACAGGAAGCAAUUCUGAGGAAGUGUCUGAGCAAUCAGCAGAGGAGGUGAGCGAAGAGGAAAUGAGCGAAGAGGAGGAACGGGAGAAUGGAAACCACAUCCCAGUUGUUCCAGAGUCGAGGUUUGACCGGGAUUCUGCAGGGAGUGAGGUGGAGGAGGAGGAGGUCGGGGAGGGAUCCCCUCAUUCCAAUGCCAUGACAGAAGGGGAAUACAUUCCUGAUUCUCCAGCUUCCUCCCCCAUCGAGCUGAAACAGGAGCUUCCCAAGUAUCUUCCUGCCCUCCAGGGAUGUCGCAGCGUGGAGGAAUUCCAGUGUUUGAACAGGAUUGAAGAAGGAACCUAUGGUGUGGUGUACAGGGCAAAGGACAAAAAGACUGAUGAAAUUGUGGCUCUGAAGCGACUGAAAAUGGAAAAGGAGAAGGAAGGUUUUCCCAUUACUUCUCUGAGAGAAAUAAAUACAAUUCUGAAAGCACAGCACCUGAAUAUUGUCACUGUCAGAGAGAUCGUUGUGGGCAGUAACAUGGAUAAAAUCUAUAUUGUGAUGAACUACGUGGAACACGACCUCAAGAGCCUGAUGGAAACAAUGAAACAGCCUUUCCUGCCAGGGGAAGUGAAGACUUUGAUGAUUCAGUUACUGCGAGGGGUCAAACACCUCCACGACAACUGGAUCCUUCACAGAGACUUGAAAACUUCCAACCUGCUGCUCAGUCAUUCAGGCAUUUUAAAAGUUGGAGAUUUUGGAUUAGCCAGGGAAUAUGGGUCUCCCCUGAAGCCCUACACCCCCGUGGUUGUGACCCUGUGGUACAGAGCUCCAGAGCUGCUGCUUGGAGCAAAGGAAUAUUCCACAGCCAUAGACAUGUGGUCAGUGGGGUGUAUUUUUGGGGAGCUGCUGACGCAGAAGCCGCUGUUCCCAGGGAAGUCAGAAAUCGACCAGAUUAACAAAGUUUUUAAGGAUCUGGGUACUCCCAGUGAAAAGAUCUGGCCUGGUUACAACGAGCUGCCAGCAGUGAAGAAAAUGACCUUCACAGAAUAUCCCUACAACAACCUGCGCAAGAGAUUCGGGGCUCUGCUCUCUGACCAGGGCUUUGACCUGAUGAACAACUUCCUGACGUACUACCCGGCGCGGCGCAUCACGGCCGAGGACGGGCUGAAGCACGAGUACUUCCGAGAGACCCCGCUGCCCAUCGACCCCUCCAUGUUCCCCACCUGGCCAGCCAAGAGUGAGCAGCAGAGGGUCAAGAGGGGCACCAGCCCCCGGCCCCCCGAGGGAGGGCUGGGCUACAGCCAGCUGGGUGAUGAUGACCUGAAGGACACAGGUUUCCAUCUGACCACCACAAAUCAAGGAGCAUCUGCUGCAGGACCUGGCUUCAGCCUCAAGUUUUGAACUCAACAUGAAAAAGGAGGGGGGAAAGAAAAACCCCAAAAAGCAAAAAAAAAAAAAAAAAAAAAAAAAUCACAGCACCAUUCAUGUGAGUGGAUUUGAGGGCCCCAGUUCUGUUCUGUGUCAGGGGCACCAGAUGUUUUUCCCUGUGAAAAAAACUCAAAAAUUAUCACAGAUUCCAAGGCUCUUGUUUUAUAAAUCAAUGUGGAGUUUAUCUGCUGCAUUCCAUUAGAGGACUGGAGUUAACCUGAAAACCCCAGGAUCAUCACAAACUGUGACAAAGGACAACUUGAAAUAACAGUCCUGGAACAGUUUCUGGUUUAUUUUUAGGGGUGGUUUGUUUUGGUUUUUUUUUUUGUUGUUGUUUGGUUUUUUUUGUUUGUUUUUUUUUUUUUUUUGAGUUUGUUUUGUUUUUGUUUUGUUUCUUUUUUUUCCUUGUAAAUUUGUAGAAUUAAAAUACAUUUUCAAUUGUUUAAUAGUGUGAAGGAUUUCAUUGCUUCACAUGCAGCAAAGUGGGAUGUUGGUGACAGUAAAGAGAGUUUAUUUUUUAUUUAAAGUAAGUAAAUUUGUGUCUGAAUAUAUUUAGAGCAAAAAGAACAAUGGCAAUUCUGAGGUUUGUAUCCUGUUACCUUGGAGAGAGCUGGGCUGGGUUUGAUACUCCCUGACCAGAUUUUUUUUUUUUGUUUGUUCUGUAAAUGUAUUUACAGUGGUGCAAAAUUACUCUAUUGUUUUAUAAAUCAAAAAGAUUUAAUAUGGAGACUUGAAACUUUA